AUGUCAACAACUACGCCGCUCUCUCCACGACACGGGACACUACUCAGAAAACCCUUGGAACCAAUAUCGGUUCUCGCACCAUUCUCUGCUCUCAUCAUAUCUGUCGCGCUGGUUGUUCUAUUUAUGAUCAGAUUCUACAUCCUCGAAGGCUUCCUCAUAAAAUGGCUUUACGGAGAUACCUACACGGAGCUGAGCGAGAUCAAUCGACGUGGCUUCAUCAAUCAUCACAUUUCAGCAGCGACAAAACUGCUCAUCCUGAUCAUUGCAGCAUACCCAUUUAUCUGCGUUGGAUUUGGCAACUCAACCUUUCACACCCUCUUCUCCCCCGGCUCUGUGGUAACACUGGGUGAUGUGCUCGUCGUGGCGGCCCAAAUCCUGAUUGCCAUGUACAUCUCCGAGCUCAUUUAUCGUGCCAAGUUAUCCCCUGUUGCUGUUGCACACCACGUCGGUACAAUCCUUAUAGGCCAGUCUGCUAUCGCGAUUAGUCUGAGGCUGGCGCGGGAGCCAGAUGCCGAUAUCGAAUUCAUUCUGUGUACUGUGUGGGGUGCCUUCGAUAUCAUUGCCGAGUUCUUUCCACAUAUCGCCAUUAUCCUUUACCGCGUUUAUCCUGAUCGUCACCAUUUCCUCAGUCGUCUGUUUCUCGUAUCAUGUAUGACAACGGCGAUGGGCACGCUUUGCGAGACAAUUGUUACGAUGUGGUUGUUUGGCAGCCUUUGGAGUCGAUGGCAGCUUGCGUUCAAGGUUGUCACGCCUAUUUUGCAUGUUGCGUUUUCGGUGACACAGAUGCACGGAAGUCUUGUCUUUUGGCGUAUGUAUAAGAAACAACAGAGGAUCAUCCGGGAUGAUGAGGAGAUGGGACGGGUUCAUGAGGUUUCAACGUACUUCGAUGAGCCUCUGAAGCCAAAUAAGGCGUUUCUAUUGCACCGGCUGUGA